ACUUUAUAAAAGGACAUUGAUCUCAAGUACAUUGAUCUCACAAAGAAGCAGCGUGAUCACAUAAUAGUACCCCCAGUUCAAAUGACACCACACAGUAGCACAAUCUUAUUCACGUUACACUGCAUGUAGUGCCCCUGAUUUUUAUUACACCACAUAGUAAUGCCCCUUAUUCAGGUUACUGUACGUCACUCAGUAGUGCCCUUUAUUCACAUUGCACUACACAUUGGUACCUUUUAUGCACGUUAUGCCACACAGUAGUUCCCCUAAAAUACAAUGCACACAGUAGUGCCCCUUAUACACAAUUCCCACAGUAGUAGUGCCCCUUACACAUUAUGCCCUCAGUAGUAGCACCUCUUACACAUUAUGACCACAGUUGUGCCGCUUAUACACAUAAUGCUCACAGUAGUGCUCCUUAUACACAGUGCUGCCUCUGUCACUACAGCAGCUGACCGUGUUUGUUCCUCCAGCAGCUCCAUGCCCUGUAUCCCUUCAGCAGCUUCCCCACCUGUCUUGUCCCUCCAGCCACCACUCAUCUCUUCUUCAAGAUGCACAGAGCCUGCUCCUUUUCAUGGUUCCUCUUCACUUCAGCAGCGGUGACAGCAUGACAUCACAUACACCGUGCCGGAAAAGGAAACUACUGGGACCUGAAGAGUGGAUGAAUGCUGUCCAACAGACACAGCGUGUGUGAAUACCAGGAGGGAUGGGCUGUAAAUGGGGGAGGAUCGUGGAGCCACCAAGGCCUGAGGAAGGGGGAGGUGAUUUCAGCUCAUCAGUAACACUAGUUACACUAUUGAUGCAGACAUCUUCCUGGACGAUCUCCUACAUGAAUAGUGAAUACCGGCUGAAGACGCCAUCUGCCUUAGAGGAUACAGUUCUUCAGAGGUUCCACAUUGUAAUCAACCAUCAUACAGGCAAGGUGAUGUAUCGUUCUCAGCAGACCAACCACAGUCAGACUGCUGCUAAGAUGACUGCAGUUUGGGUACUGUCCUUCCUUCUUUACAGCCCAGCCAUUAUAUUUUGGGAAUAUCUGAAUGGUGAUCCCCUGAUUCCUGAAGGCAUGUGUGUUGCUGGAUAUUAUUACAGCUGGUACUUUCUUCUUGGAGCAUCAACCUUUGACUUUUUUCUGCCAUUAACAAGCAUUUCUUAUUUUAACCUCAGUAUCUACUGGAACCUUAGAAUGCGAAGCAGAAAGAGAAGUCAGAUUUGUACACUGGCAGCUCCAUGUGCACCACAUGAGAAUACAAUAUCUUGUGGACCAGCUAUUAUAUCAAACAUAGUGCAAAGAAGAGAGCUAAGAACACAAACACAACUUAAUAUAUCUCAGACAUCUAACACCUUGGGAGAUGGUGUGUCUGCUAUGAAGCUUUCCAGGGAUAAGAAAGUGGCACAGUCACUUACAGUUCUGGUAUGUGUAUUUGGGAUCUGUUGGGCACCAUACACAUUUCUCCAGACUAUCCGUGCCACUUGUCACGAUGACUGUGUUGAAUCUUAUUGGAACCAAGUUACAAGCUGGAUGUUGUGGAUUAACUCUUCAGUGAAUCCCAUUAUCUAUCCUCUGUGCCACAAAAGUUUCCGAGAUGCCUUAGUGAAAAUAUCACAGAAGUGCAAGAUUCAACUUUGAUAAUUCUUAA